AUGUCUACCAUAUCCAGUCAAAGAGAUGAUCCAGCUUACCAUCAGAGCAAAAUUCACAGCUUCAAACUUCUUAUCAUGUCUACCUGUUUCCUUACUGAUGACCUUGUCACCUCUGAGGAUGAUGGUAACCAGAAAAAGUACCUUGGAGUGUGUAAACUACCAGGGGAGAACAGACGGCAUCGACGUCUUGACAUCAUCGUUGUUCCCUAUGACGAAUACGCAUGCGCGUUGGUAUAUUUUACUGGAUCCGCCCAUUUCAACCGUUCAUUGCGACAUCUCGCAAAGAAAAAGGGCAUGUCUUUGUCGGAACAUUCACUGAACGUUGGAGUGGUUAGAAAUGGUGCGGAGAAGGUGUUUGAGGGCACCCCAUUGCCUACUCCUACAGAGGCGUCUGUUCUGGAGAUAUUAGGAGUACCCUAUAGGCCCCCAGAGGAAAGGGACCACUAACAAAAGGGGCCAUUAACUGGACCAAGGCUACUUUUCCUCCGCAAUGUGAAAUAUCAAAGGCAGAAGAAUAGCAAAAUAUACAUAUUGGGACUUUGUUAUUGUUUUUAUGCAACCUUUAGGUAAAAUCCUACUGCGGUAUAUCAACACAUAUUUUUCUUUGUAGAGAUAAAAUACAACGAACGGUGUGGGAAGCGAUUGUUUAUACGAGUACAAAGUCCAGUGAGAAGAAUUAGAACGCACAGAUAGGGUCAUGCUCCUUUUUCUAACCACCGUCUGUGAAAGAUAUGCAUCCGGGUGAAGAAAACAGGAGGGUUUCUCAAUGGUAUUUCACUUCUAUACAAUUAAGACAAUAGUAUGAUGUAUUCAUGUACAGUCAACGGUGUCAAGUUAAGAAUUGAAGAUGGCAAGAAAACAUUUAUUUUUUCUCAAAAUUCUUUGAUGUUUCCUUCAUUUACAAAGGCCGACCAUUGGUGAAAAAUUAUAUUUCAUACAUGAUUGUGAUAGAUAUUUUCUGUUAUCCUUGGGGUUAUGAAUCGGGAGUAAACCCUUAAUACAGCCACGGGUAUAUCCCCUUAGGUGAACAUUUCUACUUUCCAAAUGAUCUUCCCUCACUAUCUGAAUUAAAUGUUCAAUGCAAAGCACCGAGAAGGAGGUCAUAGUUACACCAUCGCUCGCAACAUGGGCCGGGGUGAAAGUCCGAUAAAAAUCACCGAGAAAGAUGUCAUACCCAUAUCUUCACCUGAAGUAUGAGGUGAAUUUAAGAUAAGACUCACCAGUUUUGUCUACGUCAUUCAUUUCUUUUGACUCGUGACCGUAUUACUUGGUCAAAAUGUUGCAAGCACAAAGUUAGUGGUUUAGCCUCCCAAUAAUUCACUCUAGAUAUUAAUGUACCGUUGGCCAGGGUACUUCCGUUGACCAGCUAGCGCAGUUUGUUAAUGCGAUAGUAAAAUAAUGUGUCAAGAGUUCGGUCCUGACUUGUUUUACAACCAGAACACUGUUGUUUACUUUUACCAAAGCCAUAUUCACACUGGACAAACGUGUCCAAUGUAUAGUGGCUGUUUUUAGCUCACCUGGCACGAAGUGCCAAGUGAGCUUAUGCCGUGGCGCGGCGUCCGUCGUCCGUCCG